AUGGAAAUACAGAAAAGAGAAUCAGCAUAUGGCUUUAAAGCCAUUAAUCCCAGUGCCAACGAGACAGACAGCACUAGCAUAGGAAGAGGGGCUAAAUUUAGUAGCCAUGCCUCUGGAAAUUUAGCAUUUGGUUUGGGGACAUCUGGUCAAAAGAAAUUGGAAAUCAGUAGAGCUGACUGGAGUGAAAUUAGCAGUAAGGGAUCUGCUGGGGGUAAAUCCAUAGAUUUUGGAUGCUUAUUAAAUUUUCAUAACAUUUUUAUUUUUUCAUCUGUUGGAACAGAGUCUUUUGGUUGGGAAGUUGGAGCUGGAAGAGGCAAUGCUGCAUUUGAUUUUGGAGCAUCUGGUUCGAGUUCAUUUGGUGACAGCAGCUUUAGUAGCAAAACAGUUGAAGGAGAUCAAGUGGCUAGGUCUGGAAGAUCCAUUUCCAGUGAUCUAGGUGGCGCCAGUUUGAGAACUGUUAGUUCCUAUGUUGGUGAUAGCUCUGAAAAUUUGGAAUCCAAUUUAGGGUCUUCUGGUCAACAGGGAUUGGAAAUCAAUGAACUUGGAAGGGAUGGCUUGAGUGGCAAUGCAUCUGUUGAGGACGAACUUAAAGGCUUUGGCUCUGAUGCCAGUAGUUCAGGUAUCCUCUCAAAUCCAAGAAAUGAGGCUGAAUAUUUUAGUGGCAUUUCUGAAGAUUCAGGAUUCUGUUUGAAGUCAUCUGACCACUAGGGAUUUAGAGUCAGUAUUGGUGGGAAUGGAAAGAGUAGUGGUAGAUCUGCUGGGGCUGAAUACUUGAGUCCUAGAUCUGAAGUCAGUGGCUCAGGAGGAAACAUAUGGUCAUCUAAUUCUGGAAGUGGUGAAGGAAACAAGAGUGAAGCUGGACUUGGUAUCACAAGUUCAUCUGACUACAGUACAUCUGGAUCACUCAGCACUCCAGAAAAAGGAUCCCAUAUUCCAGAAGCAACGCCAAAAUACUCAGAAACAAAUGCAAUUAUUGGUGAAGCUUCUACUUGGGGCAAAGGAGCAUAUAAAGCUUUCAACGGCCGUGUUUUUUCCUUUGAGUCUUCAUGCACAUAUACUUUCUGCCGUCAUUGUGUUGAAUCGGGAGGAGAUUUCAAUAUUGAGAUCAAACGAAACAAUGAUAGUGAGAUUGAAAAAAUAACAGUUAUAAUUGACAACAAUGAUGUCUCUAUCUUUGGUGAUAUACUUUUAGUUAAUGGUGAAAGUGUACAGAUACCAUAUAACAAUAAGUUGAUUCACAUUAAAAAAUAUGGAGACCAUAACGUUCUGAAUAGUCGUAGAGGAAUCCUGUCUUUAAUGUGGGACAAAAACAACAAACUCUCACUCACUCUUCACAAGCAAUAUCCAACUUGUGGUCUUUGUGGUAACUUCAACAGCACUCCAGGAGAUGAUAUCAAUGAGCACAUUGCCGAUAGUAAAAUUCCCGGUGAUUGUUCCAAAGCUGUUAGUAAAAGCUAUGAAGUUUGUGAAGAUGGGGUACAGUUCUGUAACAAAAUUAUUGAAACCUAUUUUGAGAAAUGUGGAAAGGUUAGCACUUUAUCCAGUGACUACAAAAUGAUCUGCAUUGAUGAGUAUUGUCAAAGUAGAGACAAAACAUCCACAUGUGACACUUACUCAGAACUGUCCCGCCUCUGUGCCUCAGAUGGUCCUGGCACCUUUGAAUCCUGGAGAGAUGAUACUGAUGUGGUUUGUGAAAAACCUAUUUGCCCAGAAAAACAUAUCUAUAAAGAAUGUGGUCCCUCAAAUCCUGCAACUUGUUCUAAUGUGGCUCCUUUUCAAGACAUUGAAUGUGUGAGUGGCUGCACCUGCCCAGAAGGUUAUCUCCUGGAUGAUAUUGGAGAGAAAGGGAGAUGUGUGUUGAAGUCUGACUGUCCCUGUGAAUCUAGCGGAAAGGUAUAUCAGUCAGGAGAAGUCCGCGAAGGUUCCUGUGGUUCUCUGUGCACAUGCCAAGAAGCAAAGUGGUCUUGCACUAAAACAUUAUGCCCUGGAAGAUGUAAGAUAGAAGGAAGUUUGAUUACCACCUUUGAUGGUGUUAAAUACAACCAUCCUGGAAACUGUCACUUUUUGGCCAUCCAUGAUAAAGAUUGGUCUAUUAGUGUUGAGCUUCGUCCAUGUCCAAGUGGUCAGUCAGGAACAUGCUUAAAUAGUGUUACACUCCUCUUGAAUUCGUCUGUUCAAGUUGACAAAUACGUGUUCAAUAGAGAUGGAACAGUCACAAAUGACAAGUUUGGAAACGUUGGUUAUUAUUAUUCAGACAAAAUACAGAUCUUCAAUGCAUCUUCCUCAUACCUUCAAGCAGAAACAUACUUUCAUGGAAAAAUGCAAAUUCAAAUUUUUCCUGUGAUGCAAUUGUAUGUUUCUGUGCCACCUAACCAAUUCACAGAUACUGUAGGACUCUGUGGUUCCCACAACAACAGAGCAGAGGAUGAUUUCAUGUCAAGUCAGAACAUAUUAGAAAAGACAUCUCAGGCAUUUGCUAGUUCUUGGGAAAUGAUGCCCUGUCCUAAAGCUAGCACUGCUUCAUGCAUCAGUAUAGAAAAAGAACGGUUUGCUGAAAGGCACUGUGGAAUUCUUCUUGAUUUGAGUGGUCCUUUUGCUUCUUGCCAUUCAAUUGUGGACCCUAAACCAUAUCAUGAGGAAUGCAAAAAAUACACUUGCACUUGUGAAAAUAGCCAAGAUUGCCUGUGUACAAUUUUAGGCAACUAUGUGAAAGCAUGUGCUGAGAAGGAAACUUCCAUGGUAGGAUGGAGAGCUGGGCUAUGUGAUCAGUCUUGUCCUAGUGGCCUAGUUUUCAAGUACAACGUAAAAACCUGCAAUAGUUCUUGCCGAUCAUUGUCAGAGAGAGAUAAAAGCUGUGAUAUGGAAGGCAUUCCAGUUGAUGGAUGCACUUGCCCUGAUGGAAUGUACAAGAAUAAUGAAGGAAAUUGUGUUUCAAAAUCUCAGUGUGACUGCUACAUAAAUGAUGAGGUCAUGCAACCAGGCAAACUCAUCCAUAUUGAUGACAAUAAAUGUGUCUGUAGAGAUGGGAUUCUUCUUUGCCAGACUCCCAUUGAUUUGACACUACAGAAUUGUUCUGGAGGGGCUGAAUAUGUUGACUGUAGGAAUCCUAAGGCACAGAGGAGAGUUGAUAGUACAUGUAGCACUCGGAACAUACCUACUUUUGAUGAAAACUUGCCUUGCAAACGUGGGUGCUACUGUCCUGAAGGAAUGGUUCGAAAUUCUAAAGGGAACUGUGUCUUUCCUGAUGACUGCCCAUGCUCUUUUGGUGGACGAGAGUAUGACCAAGGAAGUGUCACCUCAGUUGGCUGCAACAAAUGUACUUGCAUAAAAGGAUCUUGGAACUGUACACAAAAUGAAUGUCAAACCACUUGUCAUAUCUAUGGGGAAGGUCAUGUUAGAACUUUUGAUGGAAAAAGUUACAGCUUUGAUGGUCUCUGCCAGUAUUCAUUUAUCGAGGAUUAUUGUGGUCGUGAAAAUGGCACAUUCCGUAUUUUAACUGAAAGCGUCCCAUGCUGUGAGGAUGGACUUACAUGCUCAAGAAAAAUUAUAGUUGCUUUUCAGGAUCAAAAUAUUGUCUUGCAUGAUGGUAAAGUCACAGCAGUCAAAACUACAGAAAGUAAGGAAUGUGAACUCAAUGGAAAUUCAUACUCUGUUCAUACCGUUGGCCUGUACUUGAUUCUGAAAUUUUUAAAUGGAAUAACCAUAAUUUGGGACAAAAAUACAAGAAUUUCUGUUAUACUGGAUCCACGCUGGAAUGGUCAGGUGUGCGGUCUCUGUGGAAAUAACAAUGGUGAUCUGAAGGAUGAUUUCACCACAAGAUACUCAUCAGUAGCUGCUGGAACACUGGAAUUUGGAAAUAGUUGGAAAACAAGUCAAGAAUGUUCAGACACAGUCGCUCAAACCUUCCCAUGUGACUCAAAUCCAUACUGUAAAGCCUGGGCCGUGCGGAAGUGUGAGAUCAUUCGGGACAGCACCUUCAGAGAGUGUCACAAUAAGGUGGACCCCAAUGAGUACUAUGAUGCAUGUAUUGAAGAAGCUUGCGCCUGUGACAUGGAGGGGAAGUACCUGGGCUUCUGCACGGCCGUGGCAAUGUACGCAGAGGCAUGCAGUGCAGUUGGAGUCUGUGUCACAUGGAGAAAACCAGAUCUCUGUCCUGUCUACUGUGAUUAUUAUAAUGCACCUGGGGAAUUCAGCUGGCAUUAUGAACCUUGUGGCACAGUGACUGCCAAAACAUGCAAAGAUCGAGUAAUUGGCCAGAAAUUUUCUGCACUUUUAGAAGGCUGUUAUGCCAAAUGCCCGGACAGUGCUCCCUACCUGGAUGAGAACACUAUGAAGUGCGUCAGUUUGGCUGAGUGCAGCUGCUUCUACAAUGAUAUCGUACCAGCUGGCGGAGUGAUACAAGAUAACUGUGGGAGAACAUGCUAUUGCAUCGCAGGAGAAUUGGAGUGCAGUGAAACUGCUUCAACAAAUUCGACAUAUACAGUUUCUACUACAACAGCUACCUCCAUACUAAGCACCGAAGCAGCACUUACACUGGUCACCAACAGCUCAGGCACAGUAGCUUCCAUUCCAGGGAUUACAUCAAGCAGUGAAAUAACAGGAACAACUCUGAGUUUCCUCAGUGAAACUUUAACCACAGGUGUUACAAGAACUCCAUUUCCCAUCACCUCCACAGCUGGAAGUGUGGGCACCACAGGACUUGUGGGCCCCACCUUCACCAGUUCUGGGCGCAUAUCAGGGUCAACUGGAGUAUCAGUGAGUGCAGUCACAGAAACUGAAGAUGGAAGCACAGGCGACACAGGCUUCAGAGCAGGAGGAACAGGAAGUCCUACUUCACCAAUAAGAGGUGAGGAAGAUGGCACAGCUGGGCAACCAAGCACAGGAGCAACAAGCCCAGGAGUAUCAGGGACCCCAGGGACCGCACCUGGGAGCAAGAGCACAAAUGCAGACUCGCCUGUCCCAGACACAACCCCUGGAGGCCAACCAGAGACUACCAGAUCAUCAGCUGGUCAAACAACUGGAGAACCAAGCAGUGAAGUGACAGCAUCUGAAGGCAUAACAGUAGAAUUUGUUGCAACUACCACUCGAACUGGCAGUGGCAUCACAGCUAAACCAUCUUUCUCUGGUUCCAGCCCAACUGGUAGUUCAGAGAGCAGCAUACCUUCAUCUGGAGCACCUGGAACCCCUGAACCAUCCACCGUAGGAGCAGGAUCAGCUGGAGUAUCAGGCUUGCCUGGCUCCACACCAGGAGGAUCUGCAGCAACCGGAGGAAGUAGCAGGUCAUCAGUACCUGGAGGGUCGGCAACCCCUCAACAACCUGGCGCACUUUCCGAGUCCACAACUGCAUCAACAGCUCAUGUUACAUUAACCCGUAAAACAUCUAUUGUCGGUUCAGGCACACAUGCGCCAUUAUCUCCAGUUCCAGGAACAACAAUACCAAAUGAUUUUGUUUCUCUGAUAACUGAAUCAUCAUCUGGAAAAACAAGUUCCAUUUUUAUGGGUUCAGCAUCCAGUUUAUCAUCAUCUGAACUGAUAACACCAUCUGGAUCAACAAAUGGAAUAGUAGGAACUACUAUAAUCUCUGAUGUAGAUUCCAGGACUAUCAGACCAUCAUAUGAAUCACCAAGAGUAACUGGAUCAUCCCUGGAUGUAACAGGAAGCUCUGGCACAUCACUUGAAGUUACGGGAACCAAUAGAAUCUCUCUUGUUCAUUUAGGAACCACUAGACCAUCAUCUGUAGAAACAGGCAUCAGUCUUACUGAAUCUAGAACUAGUGCAUCAUCAGGUGAAGUAUCAGAGACAUCUGGAUCAGUUGCUGGACUAACAAGACCAAGUAGAAUCUCACUUGUAGGUUCAGGAACAACUAGACCACCAUCUGGAGAAACAGAGACCAGUGUUAUUGAAUCUAGAGUUAGUGGAUCAUCUGAUGAAGAAUCAGAAACAAUUGGAUCAACAGGUGGACUGACAAGAACCACUAGAAUCCCUGUUGUAGCUUCAGGGACAACUGGGCCAUUAUCUGGCAAAACAGGAACUUCUCUUACUGAAUCUAGGACUAAUGUAUCAUUAGGUGAAGGAUCAGAGACAACUGAAUCAACAGCUGGACUUGCCAGAAUGACUAGAAUCUCAGUUGCAGGUUCAUGGACAACUAGACCAUCAUCUGGAGAAACAGGGACCACGGUUACUGAAUCCAGAACUAGUGGAUCACCAAGUGAAGUAUUAGGGAGAACUGAGUCAACAGCUAGACUGAGAACCACUAGCAUCUCAGUUGUAAGUUUAGGGACAACUGAACCAUCAUCUGGAGAAACAGAAACCACUGUUACUGAAUCUAGGAUGAAUGGAUCAGUAAGUGAAGGUUCAGGGACAACUGGAUCAACAGCUGGACUGACAAAAACCACUAGAAUCUCUGUAGUAGGCUCAGGAACAACUAGACCAUCAUCUGGAGAAACAAGGACCACUGUUAUUGAAUCAAAAACAAGUACAACAUCAGCUGAAGGGUCACUAACAACUGGAUCAGCAGGUGGACUGACAAUAGCUACUAGAAUAUCUAGUGCUGAUUUAGAAACAGCUGGUCCUUUAUCUGGAGAAACAAGGACCACUGUUAUAGGAUCAGGAACAAGUGGAAAAUCAGGUGAAGUAUCAGGGUUAACUCGAUCACCUGCUGAACUGACUACAACCACUAGGAUCUCUCGUGUAGCUUCAGGAACAAGUACACCAUCAUCUGGAAUGACAAGGACAACUGUAACAUCUGGUGUAGCUUCAAGGACAAGUGGACUAUCAUCUGGAGAAAAAGAGACCAGUGUUACUGAAACAAGAACCAGUGGACCAUCAAUUGAAGGAUCACAGACAACUGGAACAGCAGGUAGACUGACAAUAACUACCAGAACAUCUGUUGUAGUUUCAGGAACAGAUGCACCAUCAUCUGGAACAUCAGGGAUGAUUAGGUCAUCAGUUGACCUGACUGAAACAACUAAAGUCUCUGUUUUAGGUGCAGGAACAAUAGAACCAUCAACUGUAGAAUCAUGGACAACUGAGUCCAGAGAUUUAGGUUCAUCAACCACUGUAGUUUCAGCUGGUGCUAUAGGAACCACUAGACCUGGAGCAUCAGGGGCAAGUAGACCAUCUGUUUUAAGUUCAGAGACAGCUGGUCCAUUAUCUGCAAAAACAGAGACCACUGUUAUAAGAUCAGGAUCAAGUGGAUCUUCACUUGAAGGAAGAGGGACAUCUCGAUCAACAGAUGGACGGACAGGAACCACUACAAUCUCUUUUGUAGGCUUAGGAACAACUGGACCGUCAGCCAGAGGAUCAAGGCCAACUGGGAAAGGAGAUAUAAGAUCAUCAACCACUGUAUCAUCAGUUGAUGCUACAGGGAACAUUAGAUCUGGAGGAUCAGGCACAACUGGACCAUCUAUUGUAGGUUCAGAGACAGUUGGACCAUCAUUUGGAGAAGCAGGGACCACUGUUGCAGGAUCAAGAACAAGUGGAAAAUCAGCUGAAAGAUUAGGGACAACUGUAUCAACAGAUGGAUUGAGAAGAACGACUAGAAUCUCUCUUGUAAGUUUAGGCACUACUGGACCAUCAUCUGAGGCGAUGUGGACAACACAAACAUCUGUUGUAGGUUUAGAGACAACUAGAUCAUCAACUGGAGUAUUAGCGACAACUAGCACCUCAGCUGAAGGUUCGAAGACAACUAGACCAUCACCUGGAGGAUUAUGGACAACUAGGACAUCAGUUGAAGGGUCCGAGACAACUGGGUCAUCAACUGGUAAAAUCACAGGAGCCAGGAGAACAACUUGGGAGUCAGGAAGUGAAGUUGCCACAUAUGAAGGAAAGGUCUUCCAGUGCUAUGUUGAUCUUUUAAUUUUUCUCACUCUAGGUACUUCAGGAAAAUUCUCCAAGGCAACCAUAUCUGGGAGUUCCCACACAGAGGCCACGACUUUAAUAGCAAGCAACAGCACAUCUGGAACUGGGCUCAGACCUGAAGAUAACACUGCAGUAGCAGGAGGCCAAGCGACUGGGCGUGUGACAGGUACCACUAAGGUAAUCCCUGGCACAACAGUUGCCCCUGGCAGUUCCAACACAGGAGCCACCACUGGCACAUCUGAGAGGUCAAGCCCUGGAAGUAAAACAGGUAACACUGGUGCAAUCUCUGGCACAACAGUUGCACCUGGAAGCUCUAACACAGGGGCUACAAUUUCUUUGGGGAGUAGUGAAACUACCCAGGGUGGAAUUAAAAUAGUUACCAUGGGAGUGACUACUGGCACAACCGUUGCACCUGGAAGUUCCAACACAAAGGCUACAACUCCUACAGAAGUCAGAACUACCACUGAAGUCAGAACAGCAACUGAAACUACCACUUCAAGACUCAACAGUGAUGCCACUGGGCGUGGAAUACAAACAGGUACCACUGGGACAGGCUCUGGAACUACAUCCUCACCUGGAAGUUUCAAUGCAGAAGCAACAACUUUUAAAGAACAUGUUAGAACCACUGAAACAAGAAUUUUAUCAGGCAAUAGCCCAGAAUCAGUAGGGGUCACCAGUAACCAAGAAGGUACUGCUGUGGUAUCAAGCAGAGUUACUGGUGUCUCAGAAAGUUCCAGCCCAGGUACCUCCAAGGAAGCAUUUGAAACAACUACUGGUCCUGGAAUUUCUAUCACUGGCUCUACUUCGAAGUCAAAUAGAAUCACAACAAGCCCCAGAAUAUCCUACCCAGAAACCACUGUUGUAGCAACAGGAGAACAAGAAACUGAAAAUAAGACAGGAUGUCCAACAUCUCUUUCACCACCUUCAGCUUGUUAUGGUCCAUUGGGAGAAAAGAAGUCACCUGGAGACAUAUGGACUGCCAACUGCCACAAAUGCACCUGUACUGAUGCAGAGACUGUAGACUGUAAACUCAAGGAGUGUCCUUCUCCACCCACAUGCAAACCUGAAGAGAGACUUGUAAAGUUCAAAGAUAAUGAUACCUGCUGUGAAAUUGGAUACUGUGAACCAAGAACAUGUUUGUUUAACAAUAAUGACUAUGAGGUUGGUGCUUCAUUUGCUGACCCUAACAACCCGUGUAUCUCUUACUCCUGCCACAACACUGGUUUCGUUGCCGUGGUUCAAGACUGCCCGAAGCAGACCUGGUGUGCAGAAGUAAACAGAGUCUAUGAUUCAACAAAAUGUUGCUAUACAUGUAAACCUAAUUGCAGAUCUUCAUCUGUGAAUGUGACUGUUAACUACAAUGGUUGCAAGAAAAAAGUUGAGAUGGCAAGAUGCACAGGGGAAUGCAAGAAAACCAUCAAGUAUGAUUAUGACAUCUUUCAGCUGAAAAAUUCAUGCCUUUGCUGCCAAGAAGAAAACUAUGAGUAUAGGGAAAUUGAUCUUGACUGUCCUGAUGGUGGUACAAUACCUUAUAGGUACAGGCAUAUCAUUACAUGUUCCUGUUUAGACAUAUGCCAACAGUCUAUGACUUCAACAGUCAGUUAAUAAUAAAUGGCCUUACCUUUUCUGUUGUAAAAGACCAGGUAUUUAUUUUAUAAGUGAACAAAAAUAAUGACUAAAUUGUGAAAAUAACUAAACAUUUAUAUAUUGCUCAAAAAGUGAGUUGUCAUUAUGAGGUCUUUUGUUCUUUGAUUGACUGGAUCUA